AACUCCAAGUAGACAUCAGGACUAUUCAGAAAAAUCUUCAGGAAGGUCAAGAACAAAUGUCUACAACAUGUAAUCACUGCAACUCACAAGUCGAUAAUCUGACAAAACAGGUCAUGGAGUUGCAGACAAAAACUGAGGAAACUUCAGCACACAACUUGAAACCUGCUGCACGGAAAGAUACUGGAGUUCAACACACAAACACUACCACAUCCACCACUCAUCCAUCAUCUCGUGACACUACAGGUGAUGUCUUAUUACCACUUAUGCCUGUUGGAAAAAGUGACCAUUUAAAGUUAACUUUCCCUACCUAUGGAAGACCAUGUGAUGAUACAGACCCAUUGUUGUACCUAGCCAGAUGCCAGGACUUUUUAGCUUUACAUCCCCUUACUGAAGGUGAUCUAUUAGCCACUUUUAGAAAUGUACUGUAUGGCACAGCACGUGAUUGGUGGGAGGUUGCUCGUACUGAGAUUAAAACCUGGAAUGAGUUUCAGACUGUUUUUCUUUCAGCCUUUCUCUCUGAGGACUACGAAGAUGAACUAGCUGAAAGAGUUCGUACUAGAUCUCAAGGAGAACGAGAAAAUGUCAGAGAUUUCGCUUUCACAUACCGAGCUCUCUGCAAGAGAUGGAAACCAUCUCUUUCGGAACAUGAAAUUGUCAAAAUGAUUUUGAAGAGUUUAAAGCCUUACCUCGCUAGCCAACUACGGGGACGUGUUUCUACGGUGGAUGAACUCAUAAAGUUGGGUCAACAACUAGAAAGGGAUCACGAACAUCAGAUACAGUAUGAGAAAGGUAUGGGACGAAAAUAUUCAUCAGAUGCAACCCAGAAAUUAAGUACCAACCAAACUCCAGAAAAGCAUCCAGUACAAUGUUGGAGAUGUAAAGGACAGCAUUCUCCAGGACAGUGUCCACAAUAUGCUUUUUCAUCAUCCCACCAAACAGGAAAACCACCACAUCAAGUUAACCAACCAAGGUCAUACCCCUCCCGUAAGCCAGCAGGAGGUCAAGCAACCAAUAAUUCUGUUUCAGCUGCAAAGAUAAACAAGGGUGAGCGAAAAGGCAAGAAACCUCAACAACCAUCAUCUAAAACAGUGUUUUUUCCCAAUGCUGUUAUUCCCCAACAGUUGGUUAUCCCUAUUAAUAUCGCAAGUUGGUCUGGAAAGGCAAUUCUUGAUACGGGAGCAACAUAUACGAUGAUACAUGAAAGUCUGUGGAAAAAAUUAGCAAUGCCAGAUGAACUUAAGCCUUGGACUCUUGGACCGUUGUACUUAGCAAAUGGACAGGGAGAAAUACCACUAGGAUGGUUACCACUACAACUUAUGCUUCAUGGGAAAACUUGUACUUUACCUGUUGUAGUUUUGUCUCCUCAAGCGCUUGCUUAUACUGUGGUAGCAGGACUUGAUUUCAUAUUUUUCACUGGUCUGCAAAUAAAUGUCACAGACAGAAAGUAUUCAUUUAAAUCCACACCAAUGGAAGAAUACCCAUUUCAGCCAGGUUGGGCAAGUGUACCUGAUGAUUUUCACAGAGUGCGUGCAUUAUCCUGCAAACCACCUGAACAAUCUGAAAUUACUCCCAACCAAAGCUUCACAUUACUCAGUUCUGUUCCUCCACCAAUGCCUACAUUGAGAUCCAAAGCUGAAGAAUGUUGCAAAAAAGCUCAAAAACGACAGUUAAGGAGUUACAACAAAAACAGACGUGACGCUACCUUCAAAGAGAAGGACAGAGUAUGGUUAAGGAAUUUUCCACAAUCAAGUGCACAACGGCAUUUUAGUGCAAAACUAGCCCCAAAGUGGAAAGGUCCGUACAGAGUGUUGAAACAGUUGGGUCCACUGAAUUAUCAGAUUACACUGGAAACAACUGGAGAAGAUGUCCGAACUGUGCAUGUUUGUAAUUUGAAGCCAUGCUAUCCAAAUGCUGAAGAACUCGAAAACCUGGAAAAAGAAAAACUCAGAGUUAUUCGAGGAAACUUCCAAUGAAGAAGAAUUCUUGGGUUAACCUUGCAUAAAAUUGUAAAAUGUCUCUUACCGUCAACCAUGGGUCGUUUUUCCCAGCGGGGGGGAGUGUGACGGAGUGAGAAAACCCCUCCCUCUUUCCGGUUGAACUUGAGACGGAAGUAUAUAAAACGUGAGUCAUAGCGUGAAGUGUGGGGUGAAAAAUGGCUAGACAAGCUACACACACUGGAAAACGGUGAGGGGCUAAGAGUGUACUGCGUGUUAGUGUGAGUUACAAAGAGCACUGUGAGUGAAGAGAUCAGUUUAUUGUGAGUCUGGAGCGAUAUCGACCACAUGCUGUGACGGACGUUAUUGUUGUGAACUCAACGCAAGUAUCACUAACUUUCACGCAAGCAGUGAGUUAAACUAAAUGUAUGUAAAACAACGGUGAAGUGUAACCGUGUCUUUGGAGUGCGCGAACGACGAACUCUGUGCAAAGAUUGAAGAGGAGUGUGUGCGUUUUAUGAGACUGUGCUUACAAACGUGAUUGUGAAACUCGACACCUGUGUGACCCGGAGUGAAUGAGAAAUGGAGAAACGCGUUACCUCAUAACAUCCAAGUGGCCGAAAGACUGCAUCUGCUCAAGCUAAACCAUGGCAAAGUGAGUUGUCUGAUGUUGCGGGGGCGGGAAGAACUCCUAAACAAACCCGAAGAUUGUCUCUCCCUGGUCAGCGGUAUCGUACACGCACGCACAUACAAACACACGCACCCAUUCACAAAAGCACCUCACGUGUCGCUCUUACGAGAGUCACGUUUAAAGUCCCGCUAAAAGAGUUUUCUUUUGUAAGUGUUUAUAAUGUGAUGUGGUUAGUGUGAGUUUUGAAACUCUCUCUCUCUUUUUGCAUGAACAUUUGAAUGUUUUGAGGUUCGAAUCUGUAGCUGUGUUUAUCUGUCAGAUUCUAUCAAGACUGUGGUGUUUCUUAUUUUCCUAAAGUAUAAUGUAUCCAUGGGGGAAAUUUUGGUUGCCUUGUGCAUUUACUUUAUUGAGAGUCCAUUAACCAUGGGGACACUGUUUUUUUUUCUCUUGGAGUGAUUAUGAAAUGUGAUGUAUUACCUGUGAAUUUGAUUGAGGGUAUGAAGUGAAAAAGUGUCUGUAUGAACUAAUGUGAGAUUCCUAUGUGUAAAAUGUGUCUUAUGAACAAAUGUGAGAUUAUUAUGAUUUGUUUAUGAAUAAUUGGAAAACUCAUAUAUAUAUAUAUAAAGUGAAUAAGUGAA